ACGAUCCAUCCAUUCCCUUGGUCACCACCAGCCAGCCAGCCAUGGCCGCGCAGGAGGGCAGAGACGGCGACGCCACCGCGGUGCCACCCACGCCCAUGUCGGCUCCGGCGUCGUUCAAGUUCAACGUGCACGCGCCGGAGUUCGUGCCCAUGUCGCCCACCGCCGCUGCCACCACCCCAAUGUCCGCGCCGGCGGGGGGAUACUACUCGCCCUUCCUGCAGAUGCAGGCGGCGCCCGACUGGAGCUUCCUCCACGACCACGAGCCCGUCUUCUUCAUGCCCGACUUCGCGCACGCCAAGUUCGCCGCUGCUGCAGCCGCCAGCAACAGCGCAGGGGCCAAGGGCGGCGCAGGUGGCGGCACCACAGAUGUCGCGCAGAAGAUCGUCAAGCAGGUCGAGUACCAGUUCAGCGACAUUAACCUGGUUGCCAACGAGUUUUUGCUCAAGAUCAUGAACAAAGACUCGGAAGGUUAUGUUCCCCUGUCGGUCAUUUCAUCCUGGAAGAAGAUCAAGUCUCUCGGAGCAACCAACCAGAUGCUCGUUAAGGCUCUUCGCACCUCCACGAAGCUUAUUGUCAGCGACGACGGGAAGAAAGUCCGGCGCAGGCAGCCAUUCACCGAGAAGCACAAAGAAGAACUUCAGUCUCGGAUGAUCAUAGCAGAGAAUUUGCCAGAGGACUCGUCAAGAAACAGCCUCGAAAAGGUCUUCAGUGUUGUCGGAAGUGUGAAGAACAUCAAGAUAUGUCACCCUCAAGAGCCUAGCUCAGCGAGGGCUUCCAAGUCGGACACACUAGUGAGUAACAAGAUGCAUGCUCUUGUGGAAUAUGAGACCUCACAGCAAGCUGAGAAAGCAGUUGAGAAGCUAAACGAUGAACGAAACUGGAGGAAAGGCCUGCGUGUGCGCACAGUGCUCAGGCGCUCCCCCAAGUCAGUAAUGAGGCUUAAGCGGCCUGAUUUCGACCACUUUGCUGGCUCCGAUGACGAAUCGCCACACUCACAGAUGUCCGACUCCCCGACUUCAGAAGCCGUCCACUCGCCUGAAGCUCAUCCAGAGGAUCACCAGGGCGGAGGCAAGAAAGGGUGGGCAAGAGGGCGAGGGAAGCUGCAUGUGGUGGCGCCGCACAGCCCACAGUCUGCUCCUGCCGGCGUGGUUGGUCACUUUGACCCAUCAAGCCCUCGUCAGGCAUCCCAGAAGUGCCCAUUGAGCCCCAGGCAGGCUUCUCAGAAGUGUCCAUUCAGCCCCAGGCAGCCUCCCCAGGGCCCCAGGAUGCCCGAUGGGACUCGUGGGUUCACCAUGGGCAGGGGGAAGCCGGCUGCGUCAUCCGUCGCAGCCCGGGCGGUUACUGCUCCUCCUCCAGCUCCUGUUCUCGUCUAGUUCAGUUCCGGCAGGUUAACGCUACAUAUAGUGUAUUUCUGAGCGAUGAACUCGGUAUCUCUACGGAUACAAGUGGUUGACAAGCUUUUUUUUUUUGUUACUUUCCUUUUUUUAAGACCCUAAAUAAACUGGCUGUUGCCGUAUUCAAAUGCAAGGUUGUAAUGUUUUUUCUUUUCUCCCCAGAAAGUAUAAGAAUUAUUAAAGUAACAGCUGAAAGAAUGCUUAGAGAUGGGAAA